CUAAGCGAUCGAGCGGAUGCGACUUCCGAAGCCAUUCGCUUGACACCUGGUACGUUCCUCGAAUCCUGCUGUUCUUCGUGCUGGUAACUGCUCUUAGUGUGGUUGAUGUCGCAACAGCAAAUCAAAUCACCUUGCGAACGACAAUCAAAGCGUGAAGAGGUUGGUCGGAGCUCGCACUCCAAACGCGUCAGAACGGCAGCAAACGGUGAUGCAUCUGUAGUAAAGAGACAGCGAAACUCUGCCCACUCCGUGCCCUUGAAAUCGAAGUCAAAAUCGACAGGUGCGACGUCUAGGCAAGAAAGAGAUGGGUAUGAUGCCAACAAAGAGCUACCGGCAAGAAAGACAGCCGCAAGCACUUAUUGCUAUUGUUUGCCUACGUUGUUUUCUAUGCGCGUGUGGGUGGCUGUAGUUUGCCUAGCUGUUCUGUAUAACUUCUGGCUUAUUAUCGCAAGGACGGCGUUUGGUGAUCUGCAAUCGUCUGCGGAUACCGUUUGGUUUGCUCUCGACUACACUGCAGAUAGCAUAUUUCUGGCAGAUAUGGUCAUCCGGUUCCGCACCACUCCCCCGUCGCUGCCUCGCUAUAUUUCAUCAUGGCACUUUGUUGCUGAUAUAGUAAGUCUACUGCCAUUGGAUCUUUUAUACUUCCAAGUUGGCACUCAGCCUGUAUUGAGACUGAAUCGAUUGUUCAAGUGUCAUCGUUUGCUUACAUUGCAUCAGCAAUUGAGGACAAGAAUAUCAGCAGUGGAUGUUUGGCGUUUCUGUGUUCUGCUGCACAAUGUUCUGUUGAUUGUUCAUUGGAAUGCCUGUUUAUACUUUCUUGUUUCCAAGAGCACUGGAUUACCUGGAGAUUCUUGGGGUUAUCCGUUAAAUGAGAUUGACUCUGACUCGUUGACUCGACAGUAUGUGUAUUCUUGCUAUUGGUCAGCCUCAGCUCUAUUGGGACUUGGCCGGCUGCUGGCUUGCAGCACACCAGAGACCAAUGCACAGUUUGCUUUCUCAACAGUUCAGUGUAUUCUCUCAGUUGGACUUUUGUCUGUUAUCAUAGGUUAUGUGACAACAUGGAUGCAUCAUAGAUCAUCUCAUGAGCUGUCUCUCAAACAGAUUUUGCAAAAUACUAAGAAAUACAUGGCACAGACAAACAUUUCAAAAAAGAGCAGAGAAAGAGCACAAGACUGGAUUGACUAUGCAUGGAGCAGGUUAUCAACUUCCUUAGCCAGUCCUUCCACUGUACUAUUAAAGCUGCCUCCAUCUCUGCAGCAAGAACUAGCAAAGCCGAUUACUGUCAAUGUGCUGCAAAGGAUUUUUGUGUUCCAAAAUUUGGACGCUUGCAUUUUGAAUGACUUAGUGCUUCGGAUGAAGACUGUCACUGUACUUCCUGGUGAUGUUGUAGUCAGAAGAGGCAGUGCAGGUCAGGAAUUUUUUAUUGUCUCAAGAGGGCAGCUGAAAGUAAUAAGAGAGAAUGGCCAUAUUUCAGAAACACUAAGUGAAGGAUCACAUUAUGGAGAAUUGAAUCUUCUUAGUAAUCCAAUAGAAACAGUCGAUAUUAUCUCAGUUGGAUUCUCUGAAAUCCUUACUCUAACGAGAGAUGAUUUACAUACAGCAUUGAAACACUACUCAGGACCUACUGAAUUAAACUUGAAAAGAAGUAGCAGUGAAAGACUGCCACAUGAUUUAUUCCCAAUGGGAGAUCAAUCUACAAUGCCAAACACUGGUGUUAGGCAGAAUCCAGAAGUGCAACAAAGAAAUCACAGCAGCCAUGAUAUUCAUUCAUCACCACCAACUGGUGCAAACAAAGUUCCUACUAUUGUGGUGUCAUCGCCACAGACAGAUUCCUAUAUGGCUAAUUCUCCAACCUCUCCAUCACAAAACAAUUCGUUAUACUCUGUAGCAGACUUACAACAAUUUCUGGAAAAGGAAAUUCACUCACUACAUGACACCGUGUGGGCACUUGCAAAUGAAACUGCUGCCCAAGCAAGAGAAAUAUGGCUACUUAGAAAUGAGGUCCACCAUAAUGGAAAACCUUCAACCAGAAAGGAAUGGGAAAUGUCAGAAAUGAAACGAUUUGAUGAAGCAAGGACAGACAUAUUGUAGAUUGUAGAUUAAAAAAUAAAUACAAAUUGGACCCAUAGUUACAGUUACAGAUACAGCCUAACUUGACAUGUGUGUUAACAUGCUUACUGAUGGUUUUUUAUGCUGAUCAUAAAAUUAAUAUGAUGUAAUACGUACCGAUUGUUGUCUGUGUUGUAAGCUGUAAGAAACAUUUGAAUGGCAGAUAUGC